GUCUGAUUUCCCCGGUGUACUUUUGUCUGAUGGAUUCAAUCUUGCCCGUGGUCGAAUCACCUCCAGUGCAGUGCUUGCCGACCGAGGCAUUCUCGAAAGCUCUGGUGGAGAAGGAUCCGGCUCGGUAGGUUACAUGCUGGGAGCAGGGGAGUUGUUAUCAGCUUAUACACAGGCACACGAUCACGCUCCGGACGAAUCAUUCACUGCGAUAGACAAAUCCUUCCAAGAGAUCGUCUCCAGCCGUCUCCAUCCUCCUUCCUCCAUCCUACCCCCCUCGCCGCCCUCCCAUGUACCUUGCCUCCCACGCGUCAUAGACUGGGUCUUGAGCUGCUGCUUCUGCACAGGCGCUUCUCAAACAGCGUUGCAAUGUCGCUUCCCACACGCCUCUCUGCAGCAGUGGCACAACCUUACUUCGGCUUUGGCCGUCGCCUGGCGACUCGGGAAGCUGCAUGAUCUUGUUAUCGUUCAAUCACCAUCCUGUAUCACCGCGGAUGCCAUGGAUGCUACCACGAGGUGGAGACCGACAUCCAUGAUCAUCAGGUAAAGCUUUCAUCAUGGUGCCCUGUCAAGCGAGAAUCUCCCCAGCUUGGAGGGGAGAGAGGAGCUCUGAGGGUCACUGAGCUUUUUCCUUUAUUUGUGUCGGUCCCCCGCCUGGUGCUUUCGCGCAGCUUCCGGUGCGACUUUCACUCCGUCCAUCUGCUGGAAAUCAUGAAGUUCUCCGUCAUUGCUUUGGCCUUGGGCCUGGUUUCUCUCGCUUCAGCGCGCAGAAGCGCUCAGCAUGUGGGCAAGAAACUCCCACAGCUCAAGAGAGCCCCGGCGCCUCACGCACAUCCUGUCGUGCCGGAGCUCGAAAAGCGGGCAGCACCGCACAAGUUCUUGAAUAACGCGACCAAAAAAUAUGCGGUCAAUGGCACCGGAAUUCCAGACGUGGAUUUCGACGUGGGCGAAUCCUAUGCCGGCCUUCUGCCAAUCUCCAGCGAAAAGAAUGCUUCGGAGCUGUACUUCUGGUUCUUCCCUUCGUCGAACCCAAAUGCGACCAACGAGAUCCUGAUUUGGUUGAAUGGAGGUCCUGGGUGCAGCUCUUUGGAAGGUUUCCUGCAAGAGAACGGACCUUUCCUGUGGCAAUACGGCACAUUCAAACCAGUGCGCAAUCAAUGGUCGUGGACAAAUCUGACGAACGUGGUUUGGGUUGAGCAACCCGUUGGCACUGGCUUCACCCAGGGCACCCCGACGGCAACGUCCGAGAAAGAUGUAGCCUCGCAGUUCCUCGGCUUCUUCAAGAACUUUGUCGAGCUUUUCUCGAUGCAGGGCUACACGGUCUAUAUCGCAGGCGAAUCCUAUGCGGGCUACUAUGUGCCUUACAUCGCCGACGCCAUGUUCAACGCGAAUGACACCGAAUUCUACAACAUAAGCUCGAUUAUGAUCUAUGACCCGAGCUUGAGCUACGAUGUGGUGCAAGAACAUAUUCCGGUGACUGCGUUUGUCGACUAUUGGCUUCCGUUGCUCGACCUCAACGCUACCUUUGUCCAACAACUACAUAACAUGUCUGAUGCUUGCGGAUAUACUGCUUUCAUGGAGGAGAAUCUAGUGUUCCCUCCCAAGGGACCCUUGCCGACCCCACCGAACGCCGAUCUCAGCGAUGACUCAUGCGAUACCUUCGAUGCGGUCUUCUUCGCUGCAUCAGCCAUCAACCCCUGUUUUGAUAUCUACCAAGUGGCGACGACAUGUCCACUGCUGUGGGACGUGCUUGGUUUCCCCGGCUCUUUCGACUAUGUGCCUCAGGGAGCGUCGAUCUACUUCAACCGCAGUGACGUGCAGAAGGCCAUCCACGCUCCGCAGCAGGAGUGGCUUGAAUGCACCGACGUGGACGUGUUUGUCAACAACACGGAUAACUCGCCGCCGUCUGCUCUGAGCGUCCUUCCUGGAGUGAUUGAGAGCGCUGACCGGGUCAUCAUCGGGCACGGCAUUCUUGACAUGAUCCUGCUGUACAACGGCACUCUGCUAGCCAUCCAGAACAUGACGUGGAAUGGUGCUCAAGGUUUCUCGGCUCCUCCAUCACGCUUCGGGGACAUGUACGUCCCAUACUACACCGAGUUCGACUUCGAACUGGGCUCGACUGCUGGUUCGGGCUUUAUGGGCAAGUGGCAUACCGAACGAGGAUUGACCCUAGCCACGGUUGAACUUUCUGGCCACAUGAUCCCACAGUAUGCUCCCUCUGCCGCUUACAGAAUGCUUGAAUUCUUGUUAGGUCGGAUUCCGAGCUUGGGCACCGUUGGACCGUUCACAACACUGCAGAGCACGAGCUACUGACCGUGUCGGCGUAACGACGGACAGCAAUGAAGGGACAUCGGAUGUGGACGUAGAUUGCAGGAUGAAGCGUGAUGUUAAUAUAUAAUGUGUAUAUAUGACAAUGCAAAAGUACUGGACCGAUGCAGAAGCAGCUCGAGUUGACGUAUGGAUUGCAAGGCUGUCAG